UUCAAUAUAGAAGGGUCAAAUCCGAGUCCUUUGGGUGAAAGGGGUAAAAAUGGAAUGAUAAAUAUAGGAAGAGUCCAUUCAAUAGUCUCUUACACUCUCACUCUCACCAUUUUUCAUUGCAUCACUCACAUCAACCACUCUCUGCUCUCUGCUUUCUUGCAAAACCAGCAAUGGCACCCAGCAAACGCAAGCAACCGGAGCCACCGACCUCGCCGCCGCGAACUCGCACCGCCUCUCGCUCCAACAUGAGGGUCACUCGCUCUACCGCCGCUGCUACUGGUUCACCGCUCUAUUCCGGCGUGCUGCCUCCAACCAGAAAGACCAAGAAAGCUAAGCAAGAAGAAGGCUCUUCGUCUGGGAAACCCUCUGCUCCUUCCGGCUCCGGCUCCUCCUCCUCCGCCGCCGCCGCCAAGAGAAUCAUCGUCAUUGAGUUCUGUCUACUGAGUGAUAAAUUCCAGACCAGAGCCAAUGAGGUGAGAGAAGCUCUGGAGCCGAAACUUCCAGCUGGCACCACUGUGAUACUGAAUCCUAAAAAGGCAAGAAAGGGUUGCUUUGAAAUCCGUGAAAAGGGUGGCGAGAAGUUCAUCAGCCUCUUGAAAUUGAAGGAUCCCUAUGAUGCAUUGAUGGCGCUGGACAUUAACAAGAUCGUCACGGACAUCACUGAACAGAUCGCUGCAGAUAGUAUCUCUAAUGAGAUUGGUGGUCUGGCUAUCGAUACAUAGUUGAUUUUAGCUGUUCAGCAAGAGUUUUUUGGCCUGAUGACUUGACUUUUAGUUGCAUAAAUUUUCUUUCUGCUGGUUUUCAAUUGGAGCUAACUACAGAUUUGUGAGAGUCAUUCCAGGAUUAGUUAACUGUCUCAAAUGAAUAUUUGGUUUACCUGAUUGAACAAA